CCCGGCCUUGACGGGGGCGGAGGCUAAGCCUUUGAAAGCGCCGGAACCCCGCGAGCUCGUUCUCCGUGGGUUACCCUCCGGCGUUAGCUUUAAUUGAAUAGGAUCUCAGACUUCUGCAUAGCAUCAGAGGCUUGGCUGUUAAAAUCAACCGCGUCGCGACCUUUUAGCCGCCGUCAGAAACCCAUGUCCGUGGCAGACGUUGCCGAGGGCAAGGAUUACUCCUUUCCGAAGGAGGAGGAAAAGAUCUUAGAUCUAUGGGAUAGACUGGACGCUUUUAAGGAGCAGCUGCGCCGGACGGAGGGCAAGCCUGAGUACAUCUUUUAUGAUGGACCGCCAUUUGCGACCGGCCUGCCACACUAUGGACACAUCCUGGCAGGCACGCUCAAGGAUAUUGUUACUCGCUAUGCCGCGGCAACCGGCCACCACGUCACACGUCGCUUUGGCUGGGACUGCCACGGCCUUCCUGUGGAGUACGAGAUCGACAAGAAGCUCAAUGUGAAGUCUCGCGACGAUGUUCUCAAGAUGGGCAUCGGCACCUAUAACGAGGAGUGCCGCAGCAUUGUCAUGAGGUACUCGAAAGAAUGGGAGAAGACGGUGAAGCGGUUGGGUCGCUGGAUCGAUUUUGAGAACGACUACAAGACCUUGGACCCCUCGUUCAUGGAGAGCGUGUGGUGGGUCUUCUCGCAGCUAUACGAGAAGGGCCUAGUGUACCGCGGGUUCAAGGUGAUGCCCUUCUCUACCGCCUGCUCCACGCCGCUGUCCAACUUCGAGGCGGGACUCAAUUACAAGGACGUCAGCGACCCAGCUGUCAUGGUGUCCUUCCCGGUGAUUGACGACCCUGAUGGUGCGGCUCUGGUGGCCUGGACGACCACUCCCUGGACCCUUCCCUCCAACGUGGCGCUGUGCGUGCACCCGGAGCUGAUCUACGUCAAGGUCCGCGACAACGACAAGAAGAAGGUCUUCAUUGUGGCAGAGGCGCGACUGGCAGCCCUGCCCGGCGCCGUACCCAAACCCAAAAAGGGCGCUAAGAAGGACGACAAGCCGGAGGGUGGCUUUGAGGUGUUGGCCAAGAUGCCCGGCAAGGACCUCGUGGGGCUGCGCUACACACCUCUCUUUGACUUCUUCGCCACGCUGGCGGCCCCUGCCGGCUCGUCCAAGGGCGCGUUCCGGGUGGUGGCCGACACGUACGUCACCGACGACAGCGGUACCGGCGUCGUACACCAGGCCCCUGCCUUCGGUGAGGACGACUACCGGGUGUGCCUGGCUAACGGUGUGUGUGAGAAGGGCGACUCACUGCCAUGCCCUGUGGACCUCAACGGCCGCUUCACGGAGGAGGUGCACCUGUUCAAGGGACUCCAUGUUAAGGACGCCGACAAGGAAAUCGUCGCGGCCAUCAAAGAGGCAGGUCGCCUGGUGGACAACUCCGCCAUCACCCACUCGUACCCCUUCUGCUGGAGAUCUGACACGCCGCUCAUCUACCGCGCCGUGCCCUCCUGGUUCGUCAAGGUGGAGCAGAUUAAGGACCGGCUGCUGCACAACAACACGUUGACAUACUGGGUUCCUAGCUACGUGAAGGAGAAGCGCUUCCACAAUUGGUUGGAGAACGCGCACGACUGGGCGGUCAGUCGCAGCCGCUUCUGGGGCACCCCCAUCCCGAUCUGGGUUAGCGAGGACGGCGAGGAGCUCGUGUGCAUCAGGUCCAAGGCGGAACUGGAGGAGCUCACUGGAGAGAAGGUAACGGACCUUCACCGCCAUUUCAUCGACCACCUGACCAUUCCCUCGAAGCGCCCCGGCCAGCCGCCCCUGCGCCGGGUGGAUGACGUUUUUGACUGUUGGUUUGAGAGUGGCUCCAUGCCGUACGGUCAGUUGCACUACCCGUUCGAGAAUAAGGAGCUCUUUGAAGCCAACUUCCCCGCGGACUUCGUGGCAGAGGGUCUGGACCAGACUCGUGGCUGGUUCUACACGCUCAUGGUGCUAUCCACUGCGUUGUUCGACAAGCCUGCCUUCAAGCACCUAGUGUGUAACGGCCUGGUGCUGGCGGCGGACGGUAAAAAGAUGAGCAAGCGACUGAAGAACUACCCGGACCCCACUGAGGUGAUUGACAAGUACGGUGCUGAUGCGCUGCGGCUGUACCUGAUCAACUCGCCCGUCGUACGCGCAGAGACGCUCAGGUUCAAGGAGGAGGGCGUCUUUGCGGUGGUCAAGGAUGUUUUCCUCCCAUGGUAUAAUGCAUACCGCUUCCUGGUGCAGAACAUCCUGCGGCUGGAGUUGGAGGCGGGUACCCGCUUCAGCCCCAUCCCUCCCUCCGAGCUACGGCCCACCAACGUUUUGGACCGAUGGAUUGGUGCAGCAUCUCGCUCACUGACGGCGUACGUGACGGCGGAAAUGGGCGCCUACCGCCUGUACACCGUGGUGCCGUACCUGGUGAAAUUUAUUGACAGCUUAACCAACGUGUACGUGCGCUACAAUCGCAAGCGGCUCAAAGGCUCUAAGGGCGAGGAGGAUGCCAAGGUGGCGCUGUCUUGCCUCUACAACGUGCUGAUGGACGUGUGCAAGGUGAUGGCUCCCUUCACUCCCUUCCUGACGGAGUCGAUGUAUCAGAACCUGCGCGGGGCGCUGCCCCCCGGGGAGUCCCCCGAGUCGGUGCACUGGUGCGACUUUCCUUCAGCCCGCGCCUCCGAGGAGGGAGACGAGCGCAUCCAGCAGUCCGUAGACCGGAUGCAGCGCGUCAUUGAGUUGGGUCGUACCAUUCGCGAGCGGCGCAACAAGCCCCUCAAGAACCCGCUCACAAAGCUGGUGGUGGUGCACUCUGAUACUGACUUUUUGGACGACAUUCAGGGCGAGUUGCGCGAGUACGUGGAGAGCGAGCUCAACGUGCGGUCGUUGGAGGUGUGCGCGGACCCGCUCAAGUAUGCUUCCUUGCGCGCCCAGCCGGACUGGCAGGUGCUGGGCAAGCGGCUAGGCAAGGCGAUGGGUGCGGUGGCCAAUGCGAUUAAGGACCUGACCGCGGAUCAGAUCUUGUCGUACGAAAAGACUGGAUCUAUUGAGCUGGCAGGCCACGUCAUCGAGGCAGGCGAGAUCAAGGUCCUACGUGACUUCCGAGUUCCAGAGGGCGUGUCCGCCGAGGACGUGGACGCCAACGGCGAUGGAGAGGUGCUGGUGGUGCUGGACUUGCGGGUGGAUGAGAGCUUGGUGGCGGCUGGGCUGGCUAGGGAGAUGGUGAACAGGUUCCAGAAGCUUCGAAAGUCGGCCGGUCUUGUGCUCACUGACAAGGUGGAUGUCUUUUACGAUCCAGCUCCGGAACCGGUCUCUACCGCCGCAUCGCUUGCCGGCCUCGUUGCCUCCCACGCCGACUAUCUUCGGGAGUCUUUGGGCGUAAACGUCCUGCCUGCGUCGUCCCGGCCGCUAUCUUCCAUUAUCAUCGCCACGGAGCGUACGACGAUUGGCGGCAGCGGCAGCUCCACAGCUGCCGCCAGUGGCGAGGACGGCCCGACGACGGCAGCCGCUGUAGCGCUGCCAUUCACGGCCAUCCUGGCAACGCCAGCCGCGACGACGGCAGCGGCGCCGCUGCUGGCGGCAUGCGCCGGUUCAGCGGAGCUGGCGGAGGCGGUGUCAGUGGUGCUGGCGUCACGGGACCUUACUAAGCUGCAGGCAGAAGCGGCAGAGGGGGGGGGGGAGGUGACGGUGCGGGUCAACGGGAGCUCGGUUGAUUUGACUGUGGGUAAGGAACUCUUUUUCUCGGCUUCGGCCGCAGCUGCUGCGGCACCCAGCUCCUAA